UGGUUUAUUCAUGAGCGAUCCGAGUAAAAACAAAAUACUAGAUUGCCAAGCUGUGAUUCAGCCUCAAGGUUGCCGAGGCGAAUCGAAAUUGCCCAAGACAACCAAGUCAAUACUCACUGCCUUUUCCCGCAAACUCUUCUUUCGUGCACUGUAAAGGCCAUUCUUAAGUUCCAGAACCUUAUGGUGCAUUCAAUUCUUGUCAUAUCGCCGCUCGGAUUUCUUAAAAACUCACAUGAGCGCUUUUCGACGCAAGACCUGUGGCCUGAUUCCGUCAAGGCCAAAGCACAUACUAUUCUGGAAGUCAUCGAGAUUCUUGCCUGGCCUUGCAAAGUCUCCUUCCGGAGCGGUUCAACAAGUAUGCGAGCACAUCUGCAGCUUGGACUUUUUUCCAGUCGUUUGUGAGAUCGAGACCUUGAUCUAAGCAACGACCGGAUUUCUUCCGAAGGCCACCACCAUGCGGUGAGGUCGAAAGGAGGAGGACUUUGGAAUCAUGCACGACUGAAGGAAAACCACCGGCUGCGAAAGUAUUGCACCCACCUCGACGACAGUUAUGAAGUUUUACCUUUACCAGCCAUAUAAGGUCGGGAAGUAGCAGCUGGCUAACCGAAGAAAAGUUUGCGAUUCAACCCUCCAACGGUAAAUUGUCUGCAAGCUCCUGCACUGCGGUCGCUAACAUGCAGUGCAGUCUGGAUUUCUGGAGCCCACUUCAGGCUGUGCCGGCUAUUCCGUUACGCGCUGACGAGGAUAUAGAACCUUGAGUUCGAGAGAACCGCGAAGAUAAGAGUAGCAGUGACCAGUCGGUAGCACGAGUGAGCUAAACAGAAUUGCAACAUCGCUCUCGUUCUCCCAUCUUCUGAUGAACCUGCUGCUGUCAUCUGUUUCGUCUAAAAUAAGACUUCCUAAGUUCG